GAAAUUCGCGCAUAUGAAGCUAUUAAUCUUGGCGUGUUUGCUGUGCCUCGCCCGUAGCCAUGUGCGGGGCAUGUUCUUCGAGCUGCCCGAGAAUGCAGCGGAGUCGGCGGACGAGGCUGACUUUAUGGACGAGGCACUAAACAACAUCAACCAAUAUUUUGGCGUUCCGGCAACAACAGCAACAAGUGCGAGGCCCAAAGCAACGGCAGCCACAGCGACAGCGACAUCGACAUCGUCUGGUCUCCUCGAUGAGGUGGAAACGUCGCUGGAGCAUGCAACAAGCACGCUCAACGAUCUGUGGCAGCAAUUCAGAAAGGGUCUGGCUGGUCUGCUGGGCGACCUCAAUGAAGACAACAAAGACACUGAUCGCCCGAACGCAACGACAGCGCAGGGCUUAGAACAGGUGGAAGUAAACACAGCUGCGCUGCUUGCCGAGCUAACAUCAACAACGCACAGGCCAAUGCCCGAAACAACAAAAGCAACAACGAUGGCAACAACACCAACAGCACGGGCAACAGCAACAACUACCGUGCGACCAGCUACGCCGUAAACACUUUGCAAACAAACAUUUGAUGUUUACUGAUAUUGAAAUUGAACGGACA